GGAAGCAUAUGCUUGCAUGAUGGUGCUUACACUGGUAUCUAUCUUAAUUGCUGCCAUUCCUGUGGCCUACUGCUAUCCUACUGCCUUCCAGGACCUGGUGGAUACUAGCUCAAACCGAACCUCCAUCAAGUUCCUGGCUGUAGGAGACUGGGGCGGGCUGCCUUAUCCCCCCUACGUCACUGCUGUGCAGAAGUAUACUGCUCGAGAAAUGAGCAAAGUAGCAGAGCAGAUGGGAGCUGACUUUGUUCUGGCCCUUGGCGAUAACUUCUACUACAAAGGUGUGGACAGCGUAGAUUCCCCUCGGUUCCAGGAAACUUUUGAGUCUGUGUACACGGCAAAGUCUCUCAAAGUCCCCUGGUAUGUGCUUGCUGGCAAUCACGACCAUGCAGGGAGCGUCAAAGCCCAGAUCGAGUACAGCCACAAGUCUGACCGCUGGAAGUUCCCCUCUUACUAUUAUGAGCUGAACUUCCGCAUCCCCAACACUGGGAAGACUUUGACCAUCAUCAUGCUCGACACUAUAAUGCUGUGCGGCAACUCUGACGACUUCAUGGAUGAGAAGCCUACAGGCCCUCUGCGUGCGGUGGAUGCCAACCGUCAGCUGACGUGGCUGCAGGAGAGACUGGCUCGGUCCAAGGCGGACUUCCUGUUGGUGGCCGGCCACUACCCUGUGUGGUCGGUGUCUGAGCACGGGCCCACAGAGUGUCUCCUGCAGAGGCUUCAUCCGCUUCUCAUCAAAUACAAGGCCACUGCUUAUCUCUGCGGUCACGACCACAAUCUGCAGUACAUUGAAGAGUCUGGUGUCGGCUACGUGGUGAGCGGCGCUGGAAACUUCCUGGAUCCUGACGUCCGUCACUGGAAUCAUGUUCCCAAAGGUGCCGUGAAGUUCUUCACCGGCCAAGCUUCGACACUGGGAGGCUUCGUCCAUGCAGAAGUCACAAAGAACAAGAUGUACUUGACCUUCCUGCAGGCUACAGGCACGUCUCUCUAUCGCACGGUGCUCUCCCAAAGAGUCUUUGAGUAGACGAGCUCAUCAAAGCAAUUUCAUAAAGUAUUAGUCUGCAGUGAGUAAAUGCUGUUAAUACUCUGUUUUUAAACUUUGGCAUUAUAUUUAAAAGUAAUUUGUAUUUUAAA